ACGGUAAGAGAGGAGUUUGCCUUAAAGUCCCUUACCUGCCCAGCUAACCAAUAAUUCUAUUAUUUAUUUAUUCCCCAUUUUUCCCUUUAAAUAUGCAGUCCUGAGUGCGUAACAUGCUAUCUCUGUUCUCACAAUGCCUCUUCAUUCAACCCAAAUAGUAACACCAAAAUGCACUAUCACGCUCAUUUCCUUGUCCUUGAUGAUGCUUCUUGGCGCGUGCACCACACUUGCUGCUGCUGCUCCAACUCAGACCGUGGGUUCGGAGCUGCUCAAGGUUUCUCCCUCUGUGUUUGCGGGGACAGUGAAAACUGUUGUUGACGUUUUGCAAGAUGUUUCCUCUAUUCUCUCUGAGUUUGCCUCUGGCUUUGGUGAUUUUCGUCUUUCUAACGCCAUCUCUGAUUGCCUUGAUUUGCUUGACCUUUCCUCUGAUGAGCUCGAUUGGACUGUGUCUGCUACCCAGAAUCCCCGAGGAAAUCACAACAGUACUGGGAAGCUGAGUUCCGAUUUGAGGACAUGGCUAAGUGCUGCACUGUCGAAUCAAGAUACAUGCAUGGACGGAUUUGAAGGUACCAAUGGCAUAGUGAAGAGUCUAGUAUCCACAGGCCUAGGCCAAGUGAUGUCAUUGCUUCAGCAACUUCUCACACAGGUGAACCCUGUUUCGGAUCACUUCUUUUCUUCCCCCGAUCAGGGUCAAUUUCCUUGGUGGGUCAAACCAGGGGAGAGGAAGCUACUUGAAGCAAAUGGGGUGCAUGUGGACGCUGUGGUAGCUGCAGAUGGGAGUGGAAACUACACUAAAAUAAAGAAUGCGAUUAUGGCAGCACCUGAUUAUAGCAUGAAACGCUAUGUGAUACACGUAAAGAGGGGUGUUUACCAUGAGAACGUUGAGAUCAAGAAGAAGAAGUGGAACCUCAUGAUGAUUGGAGAUGGCAUGGAUGCUACUAUUAUCACCGGUAAACGGAAUUUCAUUGAUGGUUGGACCACAUUCCGGUCAGCUACCUUUGCUGUGAGUGGCAGAGGGUUCAUAGCACGAGACAUUACCUUCAGGAACACUGCGGGGGCCCAGAAGCACCAAGCAGUGGCACUAAGAUCUGACUCUGACCUCUCUGUAUUCUACCGAUGUGGGAUUUUGGGUUACCAAGACAGCCUCUAUACCCACACCAUGCGCCAAUUUUUUAGAGAAUGCAAAAUCACUGGCACAGUGGAUUUCAUCUUUGGUGAUGCCACUGCUAUAUUUCAAAACUGCCAAAUACUCGCUAAAAAAGGCUUACCAAACCAAAAGAACACGAUCACAGCACAUGGGAGAAAAGACCCUGAUGAACCAACCGGUUUCUCCAUCCAAUUUUGCAACAUCUCUGCUGAUUCUGACCUUGUUACCUCGGUUAAUUCCACCCAAACAUACCUUGGUAGACCAUGGAAACCAUAUUCUAGAACAAUUUUCAUGCAAUCUUACAUAAGUGAGGUGUUGAGGCCAGAAGGGUGGUUAGAGUGGAAUGGAGACUUUGCUUUGGACACAUUGUACUAUGCAGAGUACAUGAAUCAUGGGCCAGGUGCUGGACUAGGUGACCGAGUGAAAUGGCCGGGGUACCAUGUGAUGAAUGAUUCUAGCGAAGCUAGUAAUUUCACGGUGACACAAUUUAUUGAGGGGAAUUUAUGGUUGCCUUCAACGGGGGUAGCGUUCACUGCUGGAUUGGAUGUAUAAAAGCAGUGCUAAAUCUUGCUUUGUCCUUGUAGUACUUUGCUUGUUCAAGUGGUCGUUUGGACAAGAAGGACAAUAUGAAAUAUAAAAAAUGAUGGUGGGUGGGUGUUCAAUUU